CGAAGAACGCUCUGCAUCAUAAGACGAGGACCAAUCAGAUUCAUAGACACUCGGAAAUAACGCAAGUUUGAAUCUUGGGCGCUGUUGAGUUUGGCACAUUGUUGUGAGAAAAUGGAGAGUAACCUGUCCAGACUUGUUGGACUUUCUGUACAGAUAAGUCGCAGUGAUGGUCGUGUGCAUUUGGCCACGGUGAAAUCCGUUGAUACCGUCAAGUCCACGGUUAUGGCGGAGUGGUAUGAGAGGAAAAUUUGCCGAGGGAAGGAGGUUGAAGUGAGUGAGUUAUGUACCCUCAAUCCAGAGCUCUUGGGCCUUAUAAACGCUGUCACCAACACAGCUACUGGCCAGCCCACACCUGCUGCAGACAAGAAAUAUGAGGGGCGACUGCGUUCAUCCAGAAUUCCUGGCCCUAUCUCGUGUAAGUGUAUAAAGUGGACUACUGGUCUUAGAGUUUGCUAUGUUCAUUUUCAUCUCCUAAUGUAUUGUUUCCCUCCAAAAGCCACUAUUCCAUCUACAGCAGCCGCCAAGGCUGAAGAGUCAGUUGCCACUCGGUCUCAGGUCCGGCAGACCUGCUUGUUCCAGGUCCCAGCACCUGUUUCAGUACCAGUCCCGACCACAGAGUCCACGAUGGCAAACUCUGAGGCAGCCCAGCCUGAUCUCCCCCCAUCAACAGUCCUCACAAAAUCUGCCAUUCCUAAUCAGCAACGCAGAAAGAAUGAUUCUAAACUGGCACCAUUGUUGCCGAUAGUCCGUGACGGCGUAAAAGAAAAUGAUGAACCUGAGAGAUUGCCUUCAUCUGCAAACAAAGGCAGAAGAAAAUCUGUGGCUCCUCAGGAAAUCAACAAAGGCAACAAAAGGCUGUCUUGUCUUGUAAAGCCCCCUGAUAUGCAGACCAAGAAGGGAAAGUUUGGAGAGGCUUCUCGGCCAAACCAGAAGUUUUAUGAAAUGAUUCAGGACUUCAGAGAGACCUUGGAAAUUACUCCUGUGUCAGCUAGUGACCUGAUUGAGCCCCACAGGAUUUGUGUGUGUGUUCGGAAGCGGCCACUCAACAAGCAAGAGGUCAUUAAGAAGGAGAUCGAUGUGGUGACUGUACCUGGCAAAGGUGCAUUACUUGUCCAUGAACCCAAACACAAGGUGGACCUCACCAAGUAUUUGGACAACCAAGUCUUCCACUUUGACUACUCAUUUGAUGAGACUGCCACCAAUGACCUGGUUUACAAGUUCACAGCCAGGCCAUUGGUGCAGUCCAUUUUUGAAGGUGGGAUGGCCACAUGCUUUGCCUAUGGCCAGACUGGAAGUGGUAAGACUCAUACAAUGGGAGGUGAUUUCACAGGGAGGCAUCAGAACAGCGCUAAAGGCAUCUAUGCCUUAGCAGCCCAGGAUGUUUUCACCUACCUCAACCAUCGGAAGUAUGCUCAUCUGGAGCUGUGUGCGUAUGUCAGCUUCUUUGAGAUUUACAAUGGCAAGGUAUAUGACCUGCUGAAUAAGAAAGCCAAGCUCCGUGUUUUGGAGGAUGACCGACAGCAGGUCCAGGUGGUGGGCCUGGAGGAGGUCUACGUGUCGACGGCAGAAGAUGUCAUCAAGAUGAUAGAGAUGGGUAGUGCAUGCAGGACAUCAGGUCAGACCUCGGCAAACGCCAACUCCUCUCGCUCUCAUGCAAUCCUCCAGAUUGUGCUGCGGCGCAACGACCGCACAGCCAUGCUGCACGGCAAAUUUUCGUUGGUCGAUUUGGCCGGCAAUGAGCGCGGCACAGAUGUCAGCAGCAAUGACCGCAGCACUUUGGUUGAAACGGCCGAGAUAAACCGCAGCCUCCUGGCUCUGAAGGAGUGUAUCCGUUCACUGGGAAUGAACAGUGAUCACAUUCCUUUCCGGAUGAGCACUUUGACCAAAGUUCUCAGGGAUUCCUUCAUUGGAGAGAAGUCCAGGACCUGCAUGAUUGCUAUGGUGUCUCCGGGCAUGUCAUCAUGUGAAUAUACAAUGAACACACUACGUUAUGCUGACAGAGUGAAGGAGCUGAAUGGCCAUUCCAAGGGGAGCAGAGCCCCAAAGGCACAAGAGCCAAUAAAUAGCUCGUCAGAGGAGGAAUCUGUUGAGGAUACCAGUGUCUACGAUGCCAUAUCUCAGGUGGCUGAACUGGAGGAAAAAGUGUAUUCAGAGCUCAAGAGGGCUGGUGAGCUUGUAAAUGCAAUGGACCAAAUCUCGUACAACAUCGAGGCCGGGCUUCCUGACCUGAUGGAUCAUUCCCGGAAGUUGCUGAACACAGUCCUGGCUUUGCAGUCUGCUGUGGAUCAGGAGCGAAUGGCGAGACUGAACCACUGAAACUGACCAAAAACUCACCCAGAAGAGCUAAUUGUUUAUUGAAAGUUUUGUCUGUUUCUUCGAUUUUAUUGUUUUGAUCACUCUGUUUCGAAAUAAAAUGUAUGAACACUA